AUGUCCAAAGGUGAUAAUGAAAACGCAUUGUGGAACCAAAAGUUUGUGUUCGAUUUCCCAAUGACUCAAUGGAAGAAGCUGAUCCAGAUCAAGUUUAGAAUCAUGGACAAAGAACUCUUCAAAGAUGGUGGAUUUGUCGGUGAAACCAUAAUUCAUAUUGGAGGGAUAAUAACCGAAGGACGUGAGAGAGGAUACAUGGAAGUUAAACCAGCUCCAUACAAUGUUGUUCUUGACGAUGAUACUUUUAAAGGCGAAUUAAAAGUCGGAUUGAGAUUCAUGGCAACGGAUAAAUUGCAGAGGAAGGCAUGGGAAUUGAAGAUGGAAGGUAGAAACCGUGACGAAGCAAUGAUUUCUCCAUUUCUGAAUGUGAUGAAACUCCCUUUGCUAAGGUUCGUAGCUGCAUGGGCAAGCAGGAAAAGUCUCAUCAAUGCAAAACCUCUUUAUUGUUUCGUCGACUAA